CACAUAGCUUAAGCAAUGGCGUGUUCGAAGGGGUACACUCGUCCAGAGAGAGAAGCGCCUCUAGUGGCAAACUGUGAAGGAUUCGAAAAACUUUUCAAUCUUGGCGGUAAAUUUGACAUAAUAAAAAGAAUAAUUAUGGCCAAGAACAAACGUAAGACUGGAUUGACUCCACGUCCUAUUCGAACAAACGAUCGUUCUUUUUCAUCAUCACCGAGAUCAAUCAGUAGCACUUCAAACAGAAGUCCUCAGUACAAGCAUAUGAAAAAGCCAAUGCGUAAGAAACGUCGCUAUCGUCCUGGUGUUAGAGCAAUAAUGGAAAUAAGAAAAUAUCAGAAGAGUUCUAAUCUUCUUAUUAGAAAACUGCCAUUUAUUCGAUUGGUGAGAGAAAUUACUGCCGAAUUAACGGGAAUUUUUUAUUACUGGGCCAGCCAAGCACUUCUAGCUCUUCAAGAAGCUGCAGAAAGUUAUCUUGUCAAUUUGUUUGAAGAUUCAUACUUAUGCUCUUUGCAUGCUAAACGAGUCACAUUGAUGCAGGCAGAUAUACGUUUAGCCAGAAGAAUUCGUGGACGUGCACAAUUAUGAAACAACAGAAAUGUUUUUAAAAUAUCAGUGUUCAAGCAAAACCUUACUAUACUUCAUUUACAGACUUACUACUAAUUGAAAUCUAGCAAUUUUUUUAAAAAAUCAAUACAUUUGAUACAAGUUGUAUGGAAACAUUUUCAGUGAAAUUAUCUUGAAUUGAAAGUUCAUAUGGUCCACAUGUACUAAUACUCCAGAUAUCUAUUAAUUUUAAUUAAUGUUUCAACUGUUUAUUACAUUAAAAAUGUAUUCUGUAAAAGCUUGAUUUUAAUAUUAAUUAAAUAUGUAAAAAUAUAUAAAUGUAUAGAAGCUAUAACCCAUAAAUACAUGCAUGUUUUAUCAUGGUCUUGAAAUCAUCUUCCAUUGUAAAUAGUUCAGUAGAAUUUAUCAGUUUUUCUGCCUAUUCAUCUAUUAUUAUAUUAUAAUCUACAUCAUUGUAAGCAUUGUUUUGAUACAUGGUUGGGAAUAUUAUGGUAUGUAUUGUAUUUUGAACAAUAUUUUAAAAUAUGUAUAACGUGUGUUUAUUCUUAAAUUUGAAAUAUUGAAUUGUAUCAUAUAAUAAAAGUGCAUUUAUUUUAAA